AGUACUAUAUCUAUUUAGGUGCCAUAGAGUCUCGAUCCUUUACUACCAGUUACUAGAUCUGCGGGCAUGACUUCUGGACGGAAGGCGGAAGCAUGUAUUGCAGUUGCUGGUGCCUUUGAAUCCGACUGGAUGGUGGUAGCCCUUACGGAAUACUUGAAGAAGACUUGGAAAGCGUCGUUAGUGGGAGAUCCAGAGUUGAAGGAAGAUGGCAGAGUUGUUGUUGAGAUAGCUGACAGCUCUGAAAUGUUGGCGUCGGAUCUCGUCGAAAAAAUUUGCAGUCGUAGGGAACAUUUAAUUGCCGGAGACAAACCCGUCGAAAUAGAGCCUUUCCAAGUGAAUAGGCGCUGGCCACCUCCCAGGCCCCAACCCAGGCCACAACCCAGGCCACAACCUAGACCACAACCUAAGCCAGUGGUCAGACCGAGGCCAGUAGAAACGCCAGUGGGACAGAUGCCAUCCUGCGGCCCGCCAACGUUUGAAGCCGAACACGUUGUUCUAACAACACAACAGUAUUCUUAUUCAAAACGCCAAGCUUCAUUUGAAGACCAAGCAAGACGCCAACCUUCCGUUGAAGGUCAAGGUCAGCAAAUGAGACGCCAAACUUCGACUGAAGGAAAGGGAACAAGUGACUACGCUGAUGUUACCUUAGCUGUUGAUGUGACUGGUGAAGAUUGUCACAAAAUGGAUUUCAUUUGUUCUACAACUCGGCGAAAGGAUGAAUUUGAGCGAAAAUUUAGUAAUUGUAGCCGUCUUACUUGGAGCAAAGAGAAAAGCACAGUUUCACUCUAUCCUAGCAGUCCACCUGGGCCUCUUGGUACACAAUGGAAACAAUCAGCUAGAGAAGAGCUGUUUGAAGCUCUUGAGCAGUACACAGUUGAACACUUUAGAGUUACAGCUACCAUGUCUCUAGACACUAUAAUGGAGAUGGCUGAACAAGAAAAUAGAAAGCAAGGCAAUAGAAUUGGUAUUGUUGAUUUCUCUGAUGAAAAGAAAGUGUUGAUAGUUGGGGAAAACGUAGAUGUUCAGAUAGUACGUAAAUCAGUUCGUAAUCAGUUGUCAUCACCCAAUGUUGAAACAGUUGCUCAUCAAGCUUCACCAGUUGAUGACCAGGAGCAGACUGUUACUAUACCAUUUGACAAAUAUAAACGCCCAAUAGUUGACUUUGCUUUGUCACAGCACAAACUGAAAUUGAAACAUCAGAUUAGUAACUGCAGCAGCAUCUCUUGGAAUGGAAGCACUGGAUUUCUAGUCCUUCGCAUCAGUCAAGGUGGUGCAACCAAAUUUAAGAGUCAUGCUGUGGAAGACGAAGUUGAGAUGUUUUUGGAAAAUUAUAAGCAAAGGCCAGUUGUCAUUCCAGAUGACAAAGAUUGGAGCAGUGCAGUAAAGAUUGCUAAGGCAGAAGUGGAAGACAGAGAUGAUGAAUUUACUUUAGUGGAACUGCCAAGCAAAAAGCAGAUUCUGCUUGUUGGACUGAAAGAAGGUUUUGGUGAUGUUCUAAAGUCAAUUAGAGAUAAGCUGUCACAAGAGAGGCAUGAAGAAUACGCAAAAUCACAACUGCAAUCCGGUAGCUGUGGAAAUCAUAUUACUCCUGAAGUUUUUCAGUUGAUUAGUCGUACUGAAUCAUUUAGGUCACUUGGGAUUGAGGUGAAAAUGGCCUACAAUGCAGGAAAGCUGUGUGUAGAUGUUAGUGGGCAAAACAAAGAAACUAUUGAUGCUGCAAGAAAUACCUUGGAGACUCUGACUCAUCAAAUUCAGGCUACAUCUAUUUCUGUUGAAUCUCAUGUGCGACAGUUUUUAUCAUCAGGCACUAGAAUAGAGCAGUUGAAUGCUAGUCUUGCUAGUAAGCACAUCGUUGCUCACGCUCUUGAAGUUGAUCAUACUGGAUUAAAGAUCUUAGCAAAGGAAGGUGAAGUAGGGAAAGUUCAAGACGAGGUACGAAAGUGGCUUCUUUCACCUACCAUUGAAAUAGAUGAUGAUGAAACAAGAAAGUAUCUUGUUUCCCAAACCUGCCACAAGUUCUUUACAACCCUACAAGAUGAACUUGGCAUUAAGAUAACUUGUGUGAAAGGUGUGAAUGGCAUUGUGGAGCACAUAGCUAUCACUGCGCAGAGAGACCAAGCUGUCGCUGCUAAACGUAACAUUGAAGACCAUCUGUAUGCAAAUGUUCAAACUUCGGAAUCUAGACCUCUUCCUAAUCAUGCUGUGGCUGAGUUUCUGCAAAGGCACAUGGAUUCAGAGAUAAAGGAAAUAGAAAAGAAACUAAUCAGUUAUCAAGCAACUGUUGAAAUACUACGGGAUGUGACUCCUCCAGUCAUUGUCCUUAAAUCAAAAAAGGCUGGCUUUUUAGCUCUUUCAAAACAUGUGGGAGCACUUCUCUCGAAAUGCACUGGAGUAGCGUCAAAAGAAUUCAAGAAACACGGUUUGAAGAAACUUGUACAGAAUUCGUUUUCAAUCAUUCAAUUACCAAUAGAGCGAGAUCGGAAGGUGGUUAUUACUGCUAGAGAAGACGGUCUUAGAUCUCAUCUUCAUAGUGCAUUAGCAGGUCAAACACGUGCAAAGCAACUGAGCAAACACUGUUGUACCAAAAAUUCAAAUCACAACAUUGUAUUGUACUCUGGAGAUAUUUGUCACCACCCUGUUGAUGUGAUCGUGAGCACUGCAAAUGAAGACCUCGACUUCAGUGCUGGAUUGCCUGCCUACCUUGUCAAAUGUGGUGGUGAUACCAUCAAGAAAGAGUGUGAGGACUAUUUGUCCAAGAAGAUCUUCAAAAAGAAAUUAGGAGUGGGAGAUGUAAUUUGUACUAGUGCAGGCUGUCUCUCCACUACUCACCAUGUCAUUCAUGUUGUUGGUCCAAGAUGGCCGCAAGGGGCAGCUGCUAACUCUAAUCAGGUUCAAACCACAACAAAACUCCUCAAAAAGGCAGUCAAUGCUGCUCUGGAUAAGGCUGCCAGUCUAGGUUGUAGCUCUGUUGCUUUACCUGCAGUUAGUGCUGGUGGAUUUGGAUGUCCAAGUGACUUUGUUGCUCAACACAUGGUAGAAACCAUUGAUGAAUUUCUGGCAAGUAGGCAAAGUAAGCAGUUGCACGAUGUCCACAUUGUCUUACUUGAGACAGACCAACACAACAUCAAAGCAUUUCAAGUGCACAUGAUGAACAAACUUGGCAAGGUUGGGCAAAUGCCACCACCACAACAAAAACGACAGCCGCCGCCGCCGCCGCCACCACAACAAAAACGAAAGCCACCACCACCACCACCAUACGCGAAUACUACAGCAGGGGCAGCUGGAAGAUCCAAACCUGAGCUGAAAGUUGUUAUUAUGCAGGGUGACAUUAGCAGUCAACAGGUGGAUGUAAUUGUGAGCUCUGCUUGUGAUACGCUGAACCUUCAAAGUGCUCAAGCAUCAAAAGCACUUGCACAAAAGGCCGGUCCUGCUCUACAACAAGCAUGCAGUGCUUAUGUCAAGCAACAUGGGUCACUUAAACAUGGAGACAUUGUUGUCACAGGUGGAUACAAGUUACACUGCAAACACAUCGCACAUGCUUUCUGUCCUCGAAGUCGUCCUCGACUGGCAGAAAUUGUUUUGAAGUGUGUGCAGAAGGCUGACACCAUUGGAGCACGCUCCAUUGCUUUUCCUGCUCUGGGAACUGGCAGUCUUGGUAUGGGUGACAUUGAUGCUGCAAAUGCAUUGUUUGAAGGCAUAUAUGCUUUACACACACCUUCUACUGUCCAAGAGGUAUUUGUAGUUAUUUUUGAUCCAUCAAAACUGUCACUUUACCAACAAGUGAAACAUACACUAUUUACACCUAAAGCAGUUCCUACUCUGUCUUUUGUGUUACAAAACGGAGUCGGGGUAGUAGUCGAAGGUGGCAAUGUUGCCAAAGAUAUUUCUGAUGCCAUAGUUGUACCAACUGGAGUUGUAUUUGAUCAAGUGCACAACUAUGGAGGACUAUCAUUUAAACAUGAAUGGAAAACAAAAUACAACAGCUCUGUUCCAUUUUCGACUGGCUUUGCAGAGCUUUCUGGAGGACGUCAGCUUGACUGCAAAAAAGUCUAUGUUAUUGCACCUGCCAAUUUCAAUUCUAGCACGUCAGUCAGUCAGAAUGAAGCGAACAUUAGUACAGUUGUUGAAAAAGUGCUGAUGGCUGCUAACCAAGCACAUAUGGCUUCUAUCUCGAUCCCUACAAUAGGAACAGGGAAGCUAGGUUAUAGCAAUGUUGUCAGUGCAGGAGCCCUGGCAAAGGCCAUCAAUGCUUUCUCUUCAAAAGUCAGUCAACCUAAUAUCAAAAGCAUUAAGGUUGCUGUGUUUGACAAAGAUCGGUUAGGUGACUUUCAGCAGAAGCUAAGUCAGGAUUGCAAAGCACAGACACCAUCACUUCCGCUGUCUAGUAGCACUGCUGCCCCAUCAGUUAAUUCCCCAUCAGUUAAUUCUCCAUCAGUUAAUUCCCCGUCAUUUCAACAUCAGCAAAUGGAUGAAGACAAUGACGGAAUUGUCCCCGAAUAUCCUGAUUCAGUCAACAUUUUGAUUGUAGGUGAGCACCAACGUAACUGUGAUCAAGCAAUGCUACACUUGACCCGCAAGAUUGAAGAAUUCUGUGUUACAAAACAGUUGAAAACAGUUGUCCCAGAUGACAUGGUUAAUGUUGUGAAGAAGGAGGCUGGAAAGAGAGAUGUGUGUGUCAUGGUUACAUUAGAAGAUGAUAAACCCAAACUGACUCUAGCUGGAAUGAAAGAGGAUGUAAGUGAGGUUACUGAUGUGGUAACCUAUCACAUGUCUGAGGUUCAAGAACGUCAUGCAAAUUUGCAAGGACAAAAGGAGAUGAUGUCUCAAGUUCAGUGGCUUUAUGAGGAAGGACUUGAAACCUUUGAACCUUAUCCUCCAGAUGCUGUUGUUAUUCUUGAGAAAGCAUAUCAAUCAAAGCAGAUGACAGUCCAACUGGACAUCGCAUCACUCAACCGUAAAUGUCUUGUCUGUAUUGACAAAAACCAGGAAGUUGACCAAGUCACAGGUCAGACAAGAGUCAUUAAAAGACAGAAACUACAGACCACGGUUUUUGAGAUGCCAAGACACUGGAAGCAACUUCCACCUGGCAAGCCUUAUCAUUUGGUUCCUCUGGACUCAUCAACCAGUGAGUACAAGAGAGUAGCUGAUAAGUUUCAAAAGACUGCUUGUCAGAAGAAAUAUAAUCAAUCAACUGUACCGCCUUAUCCUCAAAUAGUAGAAAUUAAGCGAGUUCAAAAUCCUUCUCUGUAUCAAAAGUAUUUACAGGAGAGAGAUGCACUACAUAGCAAACGAGCAGCAGAACUAAACGCUGGAAAAGGAACUCUUGAAAUGGACCUCUUCCAUGGAACUAAAGCUGAUGUCAUUGAACACGUAAUCAAUGGUGGUUUCAACAGAAUUUAUGCUGGAACUGCAGUGGGGAAACUACUUGGAGCAGGUGUAUACUUUGCAAAGAACUCUGGCUACUCCCUUGCUUACGCAGCUCCAGAUGGCAGCAACAGAAAGCAUAUGUUCCUUUCCAAAGUUCUUCUGGGACUCUGGACUCAAGGCAAUAAGACACUUUGGGAACCUCCUGUUAUUAACCCAUCAGUUAGUGGCGUUGACCGAUUUGACUCAACAGUUGAUGAUACCACCAAUCCUGAAAUCUUUGCGGCUUGCUUUCGUGAUAACAUGGCAUAUCCAGAAUAUGUCAUCACUUUCACUCACAGCUGAUUAGCUUCAUAACUUGAAUUUGAUGAAUCAUUUCAUUUGUAAUGUGCUCUUCUGUUCAGUUCUGCUGCAUGUGUGGUGUACAACAGUUGCCUGAUUUGUAGUUGUUAUGGCUAGCUUGUCUCUGGCUGAAUGUGUAUACUUAUGAUUGUGCUGAAUUCGAAUCAACUGGCUACUACA